CCCAUGGAAAUUGGAAAAUACGCAACCCGGGUCCACCACAACCCAUUCAUGCACCCGGUUCACGCAGUUGCGGUUUUCCUCCUCCUCGUUCAUGACGCGAUGGCCCGAUCAGCCAGAUCAUGCCACGUGGCGAAUCCGGAAGCCACCGCGCCACAUACCUCCGAUAUUACGCGAAGCAUCGAGACCUUUCCCCUCCCUUCGACCCAAAGGAAUAAACUUAGCGGAAUCAAAUCGAAAAUCCCUAAUCCGAUUGAAACGGCAACGUUCCCCUCUCAUUCUGAUCAUCCUCAAGGCCUUCCUUCUCCGAUCCCCAAACCCCGCGGUAUCGUCGGCCGGCCGACCGAUUCCUCUCCUCCGAUGUGGAACCAGCCUUUCGGGAAGAACGGCGAUGUCGAGUCGGGGGCGAGGCCCUUGUACCCGAUGAUGCUGGAGAGCCCGGAGCUCCGGUGGGGCUUCAUCCGCAAGGUAUACUCCAUCGUCGCCCUCCAGCUGCUCCUCACCAUCGCCGUUGCCGCCGUCGUCGUGACCGUGCGCCCCAUCGCCACCUUCUUCGUCACCACCACCGCUGGCUUGGCCCUCUACAUCGUCCUCAUCAUCAUCCCCUUCAUUAUAUUGUGCCCGUUGUAUUACUAUCACCAACGGCAUCCCGUUAAUUACCUUCUCCUGGGGAUUUUCACUGUUACUCUCGCUUUCGCCAUCGGAUUAACUUGUGCUUUUACAAGUGGAAAAGUUAUCCUGGAAGCAGUUAUCUUGACGGCCGCGGUAGUUGUUGGCCUCACUCUCUACACAUUCUGGGCUGCGAAAAGAGGACAGGACUUCAAUUUCCUUGGACCCUUCUUGUUCGGUGCUCUCAUUGUGCUCAUGGUGUUUGCAUUGAUCCAGAUCCUCUUCCCCCUAGGAAAGAUCUCCGUGAUGAUCUAUGGGUGCUUGGCAGCCAUCAUUUUCUGCGGAUACAUCGUAUAUGACACAGACAACCUCAUCAAGCGCUUCACAUACGACGAAUAUAUAUGGGCUGCUGUGUCAUUGUACCUCGAUAUUGUCAACCUGUUCCUAGCUUUGCUGACUGUCUUCAGGGCUGCUGAUAGCUAAGUGGAUCUUUCUUUUUCAUUUGCGUAAUUAGGAAGUGUCGUAUCUGUGAACUCCAAAGAUACUUGUGAUUGGUACAUACUACGUAGUGAGUCUCCACAAUUGGAUGCAUUUUGAUUGGAUAGAGGAGAGGGGUCAGAAGUUCUUUUGUAUAUUCCUCUAGUUUGGACUUCCAUAAGCAAUUGUACUAUCAUUUUGAUGGUAAUGAAUGGAUUUUGGGGGUCCAAAGCUUGAACUCUUAUUACAGUUUAUGAUUUAUAGUUGUUAAAUGA